AUGACACUAUUUGGUCGAAACACGGAUAUAGGAACACUUGGGCCGCCUGCUCCAUGGGCUGGAAAUGCUCCACCAAUGACAAUUGUAUCCACGUUCUGGUCGAGAGGUGGUGCGGAGGAUGGAGAUCCAGAAGAACAUAACGUGACCACAAACCGAUCGCCUGAGAAGUUUCCUGAAUUCACUACAUGUACAGAUGGCCUUCCAACGCCAGUACUCCCAUCUAGCACGCCCGCGCGGCUGUAUAGAAAUCUCGACAAGUCUGCCCACACACAUGAGCCAGGUUCCGAACAGCCUUUUGCAAAUGCUGCCACGGCUGGCUUGUACCUGGUUGUGGUUCUGCUUAUCAUGCGCACAGUCGUAGGUGUCUUUGACGGCGAUGCAGUGCAAUGCAUCUUCUCUCAUAUCCAGCAACUCUCGAUUGAGGAAAGCCAUGAUAAAGUCAACAGAUGA